CACUACUGUCUGUGCCGUGUAUCCAUCUACUCCCUGUAGCCAGGUCGGUGAUCCAGACAGAUGUCAGGAAGGAUGGUUCGGUUCCUACUGUCAGAGACAAAAUAUUGCCUUAGGAAGAACUGCCACACAGAGCAGUACAUACAGUGAAUCCAGUGACGAGACAGGGAAUACAGCACACAGUUUCGAGGCCAGGUACGGCGUGGAUGGCAGAGCUACCAACAACUUCUAAAGUAAACCACUGACAUGUGCACAUACAUCAGGGGGAGUCCAAACAUGGACUGUGCACCUGAACUCAAACACAGACAAGAUACAACACGUCAAGCUGUAUCUACGUCAGAACUACCUGGAAAGAAACAAGGGCAUGGAGAUAUAUGUUGGUUGUCAGCUUUGCUUCCAGUGGUCAACGAACACCUAUCCGCCUGUUAUAGCACUGACAGGAAACAACCUCACCAUACAGGCAAACGAUUUUCUCGCUCUAUCCGAGGUGCAGAUAUUUGUUUGUAGUGAUGGAUGGUUUGGUGAGGACUGUGACAAACAGUGUCACUGUACACAAAACACAGAAGUAUGUGACAAGAUCACUGGACAGUGUCUGCGUGGAUGUGCUCCAGGAUACAUGGGACCAGACUGCCAAACAGAUGGUUACUAUGGAGAUUGCACCUUCAAGUGUGGCAACUCAAUGCUGCCUACUGCGACAAGACUACAGGCAUCUGCCCUGGAGGUUGUGAACCAGGGUGGCAAACUGACAAAUGUCUUCAACCAUGUCCGAGUGGCUACUAUGGUAAGAACUGUGGCUUCCAGUGUGGCAACUGUGAGGAUGGUAAUGUUUGCAUCAAGACAAAUGGAACAUGUCCUGGAGGAUGUGCAGCAGGGUGGAUUAAUGACACAUGUUAUCAGGUGUGUGAAGACGGGAGGUACGGCAGCGGUUGUACGUCAGAAUGUGGUCACUGCAAGACCGACAGAGUCUGUGACAAAACUAACGGAAUCUGCGUGAGUGGAUGUG